AAAUAAUGCAUAUGAAUGGCAAUAAACAUUGUUGGCACUUACCCCACAGGUCGUGGCAAGAAGAAGAAGAAGAAGAUCCAUAAGCUGAUCGCACUCGUCAAGCUGGUGCUCCUGGUGCUCGUGGUUAAGCUCAAGCUCGCCUUCCUCAUGAUGGCCCUGCAGACGCUGUUCCAGUUCAAGAUCAUGGUCAUGGUCUUCCUCAUACUCAUCACCAAGAAGAUCGCCCUCUGGGCUCAGCUGAAGCACGCCAAGCUCGGCAACGACGAACAGAAGGUCAUCUACUACGAGCACGCCCAACACCAGCACCACUACGAGGAGCCACACAGCGGCUGGAGUGGCGGCCACGACGAGCACGCGGACACGGGCCACAGCAGCGGCGGCAGCGGCGGCUGGGGGCUGUGGGGCCGCAGCUACGAGACGGCGCAGCCGGGCGCGGCCGCGGCGGCCAGCGGCGCCGUGCAGAGCGGCGUGUACCGGGCUGCCGACGGCACCAGGAUAGUGGUCCGCCAGCCGGACGCGCACGACCUCGCGUACACGGCGCAGCGGCCGUGACACGUACCCCAUCGCGUGUAGAAUAGAGUAAAUUAUUAUCAACGCGAUUAUUGCUUACAACAGAUCCGCGUGGGGUGUCGCGUAAAGAAAAUUUGUGGUGACUUUCAAAUAAUUGGUUUUGUUCUGAUUCAAUCUCCGUCGGUGUCGUGUUGGAGUGGCCAUAGUCAAAAACAUUGUCACCAUCGUGGACAGAAGAAAAGCUCUCACUGGGGCGUGGUCGAUCUCAUAAAUGUGCCUCCCCCAGUGGAUCUUUUCUUAUCCAUUCGAAGAAACAUAAAUUAGAUUAAUUUGCUCGAGUGAGCCAUUAAUAGUUAUCUAAUUAUUUCUGCCUGACAGGUUUUCAGGUACAUUAUGCUCUACAGAACUUGUGACAUUAUUUAUUUGGCAUGAUAAAUAUCAAAGAAUCUGGUUGAGAAGACCAUUUCUGUAUAUAUUUUUUGUUGUAUAGUAAUUUAUUGUUUCCUGUGUAAAUGUGCAUGACUAAUUUAUUUGUGUGUGAGAGUGUAACUUAUUUAAUAAAAAUACAUGAAAUGAACAAAGA